AUAAUUUACAAAGGGGCCACUAUUUCAGAAGAAGGAAGGAAAUAUACAUAAGUUGAUAACGUUGUGACAAGCUUACUGAAUUACUUCGAGAAACAUUAAAACUGUCUCAGCAACUAGUUUUGUUUUCUAUUCUUCGUCUCUGCCUCUAUUUUCUCAUUUGUUACGAGUUUUGUUUAUAAACAAAGUGAAAAUGACUGGUAUUAAUGAUGGUAUUUUACAAUAUUUUUUAGUUUGUUUAUUUUUGAUUUUUGUCAAUCCAAACAGCGGAGUCUUGUGCGAUGGAGCAAAAGAGCUAAAAAAAAUUACCAUCAAAUUUUGUGACGUGCCCGCCCUAUUACCCCACACAAAUAUCACAUACCAGUGUACCAAAUACGUCAAGAAUCAGACAAAAUCUUGUGUUUAUAAUGAAACAGUUUUCGAAUCGACGGCGAUUAAAAUCUCGUGCGACCCUGGUUAUUCUACAGAUGCAACGGUAUCAGUCUGCAAUGGCAAUGAAUGGGUUCCCCCUAUAACAGGAUGCAGAAAAAAGUGUAAAAAGCUGAAUCCUGUAAAUGUUAACUUGGAAUGCUUUCGUGAAAAUGUUUCCAUCCCUUGCGACGAAAAAUUUCUAGUUUCUGGAGUGACAGUGCGUCCAACGUGCUCGCGAUUUCAGUUCUACCCUGGUCAUCAAGAAAUACACUGCCAAGAAGAUGGAAACUGGGAUAAUGAUUUGCUUUCCUGUGUUCAAAAUUGUGGUCGAUUACAAAAAAACUCGAGCGAUUCGGAUACCCUGAGCAUGCCGUGGGAUGUCAUCAUUUACGCACGUAACGGAAAAAAUAUGUGUUUCGGCACUAUCAUAAGUCCCAGAGUAAUUCUAACUACUGAAUAUUGCGUGCGCAACAUCAUUUCUGGUUAUAAAGACGAUGAUUCUACUGGCCGUCCUUCGGAUCCUACAGUUUUCAACGUAGCACUUCACAGAAAUGCUCCACAUAAUGAAAAAAAUUCAUCAUUGUGGAGCCAUCUGAAGUAUUAUGCAUACAAACUGGAAUCUCUACGCCUACAUUUUACACACUUAGAGAUUAAAGAAUUUCGAUAUUUCAAUCAUGGAAAUCAAGACAAAUCCCUCUUUCAUGAUGUAUUAAUAGUAAUCAUGAAAGAUGAAAUCAAUUUUGACUCGCAAGUUUCUCCAGCAUGUGUUCAGUGGGAAACCCCCAACAGACUAAAUAUUUCUACUGGAAUAGCAAAGGUACAACAAUUUAAUGAUACAAACGCAGAAGGAUUUGGUUACGAAGAUCAUUCUUUCUGGAGCCAUGACGCAUGCAAAAAAAAUCCAACAUACCCUUACUUUGUGUACAACUGGGCAAGUCUCAUGAAUACUUUUGGUAAGGCUAACAAAGACCACAAUGAUACUAAAAAUUUCAGGAAAAGCAAUCAAACUGUUUUCCACGAAGGAAAAUCGUUUUGUAUAGAGCAAAAGCUAGACCAACUGAAUCAUUCUCUGGUUGUACAUGGAAGCGGGGUUAUGAUUGAAACAGAUCAUCGCUAUUUUAUUCGAGGAAUUGCAGGAUCAUCAUUCCGCAGAAACCAAUCAAAAAAUAAUCCUCGUUUCAAAUAUUUCAUGAAUAUAGCUCAUUACCUUGCAAACGUUUCAUAUGAAGAUUUUUCAAAGAAUAUUUCUGAUGCAAUAAUUAAUGGGUCAUCUGAUACUGAAUUUGUUGAUACAUCGGUCUUCUUAUUCAAUUAUAACAUUUCAAGUCUUCUACAAAAUCAUCUUAAAUCAGUUGAAACUGAGUUGCCGAAUUACACGGAGUUAGUUGUCGUUACAGAUGUAGCUGACUAUGUUGAUUGGAUCAAACAUGUUGUAGCUGAAGUUGACCCAUAUUACAUAUAAUCCUAGCACAUAGAGCGAAUGUUUUUUAGAAAUUGUUUCAAUAUUUUACCAAGCUCCACUUCCUCAAUUUGUUUCUCACGUCAGUUGAGUCAAGUACCUACUCAUGUCGUGGAAGUGGCACCGGUGAAUGUGAAAAAGUAGGUAUCGUAAUCCUUAAAAAAUCUGUAGAUAUUCGCCGUAUAUUAUAAUAAUCCAUUAAAAUUCUGAAUAUCUGUAGUUGUGACUUGUGAUUCAUUUUUGAGUGAAAUUAGCAAAUGUACAACUACCUACUUAGUAGCAAAAGUUGGGCAAACCCUUUCGAAAAUGAAUCAACUCUUCAGUCCAUUCAAAUCAAUCUAAAGAUAGUUUCAACUCAACUCUUCCAAAACGCUUUUUAAACAAAAAAAAAACGAACUUUGGAUCAAUGACCCUUUUCAAGCAGUUUUACUCUUUUUCAACUCUUUUAUCCAAUUUUCAAGGGGAAAUUGUACAAAUAUCGUUUAUGAUUUUGAACUAACUGCAGGUUAAACUUAGUUCAAAAUCUUGAACGAGAUUCGCACAACUCACCCAGAAAAUUCUGAAGCACUAUCAAAAAAAGAAAGAGCAGUGAUACGUGAUCGUGAUUAGAAUAAUAUUUGACUACUUCGAGACACUCUUCCAGAAAACCAAAUUUCAAAAAUGGAAAACCGAACCUUCAAUUUCAUCCUUUGCACAGAAAAAUACAAAAGUAUCUACACACUUGUACUCACACACUCGAGAAAACGAAAAAUUGAACGUUGAUUACCAGAUAUUUCCAUUCAUUUGUUACCUUUAUAACAUUGAUAAAUAAUCAUACAUUACGAUAGUUUUAAUCAAGUUCAUAGCGGAUUUUUUCAAACCAAACAACACUGUCGAUCGUAUGAUUUACAAAGGGGCCACAGUUUCAGAAGGAGGAAGGAAAUGUACUCGUUAAGUUGACAACGCAUAAAGACAAUAUUAGUGAAUUGCUUCGAGAAAAAUUAUUACUGUCUCAGUUAGUUUUGUUUUCAAUUCUUUAUCUCUGUCUCCAUUUUCUUAUUUGUUACGUGUUUUGUUUAUAAACGAAGUGAAAAUGAUUAGUAUUAAUCAUGGUACUGUACAAUAUAUUUUAAUUUGUUUAUUUUUGUUUUAUCUCAAUCCAAACUGCAGAGUCUUGUGCGGUGAAGCAAAAGAGCUAAAAAAAAGUACCAUCAACUUUUGUGAGGUUCCCAUCAAAUCACCCCACACAAACAUCACAUACAAAUGUACCAAAUACAUCAAAAAUGGAUCAGAAUCUUGUGUUUUUAAUGGAACGGUUUUCGAAUCGACAGCGAUUAAAAUUUCGUGCGAACCAGGUUAUUCUACAAAUGGCGAAGAUUUACUGGCAUCAGUUUGCAAUGGCAAUGAAUGGGUUCCUCCUAUAAAAGGAUGCAUUAAAAAGUGUGAAAAGCUGAAUCCUAUAAACGUUCACUUGGAAUGCUUUCGUAAAAAUAUUUCCAUCCCUUGCGAUGAAAAAUAUCUAGUUUCUGGCGUGACAGUGCGUCCAACAUGUGAACAUCUUAACUCAUCAGGAUUUCAGUUCUACCCUGGUCAUCAAGAAAUACACUGCCAAGACGAUGGAACCUGGGAUAAUGAUUUGCUUUCAUGUGUUCAAGAUUGUGGUCGAUUAGAAAAAAACUCGAGUGAUUCAGAAACCUGGGGCAUGCCGUGGGACGUCAUCAUUUUCCAAGAUACGAGACAUGUACUCGAAAAUGUAUGCUUCGGCACUAUCAGAAGUCCCAGAGUAAUUUUAACUUCUGAAUAUUGCAUGCUCUCUCGACUUCGUGCCCAUGAAGUCUAUGAAUCUACGAGCCAUCCUUUGGAUCCCGAAGUUUUCAAAGUAGGAACUAUGAGUGAUUUAGUCCUAGAUCAUAAAAAUAAUUCAAAGUGGUGGAGCCAUCUGAAGAAUUUUUUUCAGCUUAGAAAAGUCAAUUGGUAUACAUCACGAUGGAUUGGAGAAUUUCGUUAUUUCAAGCACGGAAAUAAAGACAAAUCCCUUUUUCACGAUGUAUUAAUAGUAAUCAUGGACGAAAAAAUCAAUUUCAACUCGCAUGUUCACCCAGCAUGUGUUCAGUGGAAAAACCCAUACAGACUAAAUAUUACUACUGGAAUAGCAAAGGUACAACAAUACAAUGGAAAGGCAGAAGAACUGCGUUACAAAGAUUAUUCUUUCUUGAGCCAUGACGCAUGCCGAAAAAAUCCAUCAUACCCUUACUUAGUGUACAACUGGGCAAGUCUCCUUUAUACUUUUGAUAAAGCUAACAGAGGCCUGAUUGAUACUAAAACAUUCGGCCAGGAUUCAAAGAAAAGCAAUCACACAGCUCUCCACGAAGGAAAAUUGUUUUGCCUAGAGCAGAAGCAAGACAAACUGAACGAUUUUCUGACUGUACAAGGAAGUGGAGUUAUGAUUGAAAAAGAUCAUCGCUAUUUUAUUCGAGGAAUUGCAGGACAACAAUACUCAAGAGACCGAUCAAACAAUGAUCCUCGUUUCAAAUACUUCAUGAAUGUAAUUCAUUACCUUGCAAACAUUUCAAAUGGAGAUUUUGCAAAAAAUAUUUCUGAUGCAAUAAUUAAUAAGUCAUCUGAUACUGGAUUUGUUAAUACAUCGGUCUUCUUAUACAAUCAUAACUUUUCAAGUCUUCUACAAAAGCAUCUUGAAUCAGUUGGAACUGAGUUGCAGAAUCACACAGAGUUAGUUGACGUUACAGAUAUAGCUGACUAUGUUGAUUGGAUCAAACAUGUUGUAGCUGAAGUUGACCCAUACUAUAUUCCUAGCACAUAGAGAGCGAAUGUUUUUUAAAACUUGUUUAGAUUUUUCACCAAGCCACACUUCCUCAAUUUGUUUUUCAAAUCAGUAGAGUCAAGUAGGUACCUACUCAUGUUGUAGAAAUGGCUCCGGUGAAUGAUGAAAAAGCAUUGUAAACCAAAAAAAAAUCUGUAGAUAUUCGCCUUGUAAUGCAUUAAAAUACUGAAUUUCUGUUAUUGUGAUUCAUUUUUGAGUGAAAUUAGCAAAUGCACAACUAUUUAUGUACUUUGGUAGCAAAGAAAGUUGGCCAAAGCCUCUUUGGAAAUUAAUCAACUUUUCAGUCAUUUAAAAUCAUUCUCAGAAAAGUUUCAAGUCAACUCUUUCAUAAAACUUUUUAAACAAGAAUCAAACUCUGAAUCGAUAACUGUUUUCAAGUAGUUUUAUUCUUCUUUAACUCUUUAAUCCAAUUUUUAACAGAGAGUUGUAGGAAUCUCGUUCAUGAUUCUGAACUAUAAAUAAGUUUAACACGUUGUUCUUGACUGGUUAAACUCAGUUCAAAAUUUUGAACGGGGUUCGCACAACUCACCCCAAAAAUUCUGAAGCCCCAUCAAAAAAGUAAUGAGCAAUGAUUCGGGAUCGUGAUUAAAAUGAUAUUGGGCAUUGGGCUACUUGGAGGUACUCUUGCAGAAAACCAAAUUUCAAAAAAUGGCAAGACGCACUUUCAACUUCAACCUUUGCACAGAAAAAUACAAAAGUACCGGUAGGUAGGUAGUAUAGGUACUUAGUACUUACACUCUCGAGAAAACAAAUAAUUGUACGCUGAUUAUCAGUUAUUUCCAUGCAUGUUAUCUUGUAACACUGAUACAUUAUGAGUACAUUACAAUAGUUUUAAUUGAGUUUAUAGCGGAAUUAUUCAAACCAAACGACACUAUCGAUCGUAUGAUUUACACAAGUCACAAAGACCGCUUUUGCAGAAGGAGAAAGGAAAAAUAUAAGUUGACAACGCUGAUACGAGCUUAGUUAUAGUGAUUUGCUUCGAGGAAAAUUGAAACCGUCUGAGUUAAUUUUGUUUCUAUUCUUUGUCUCUGGCUCUAUUUUCUCAUUUGUUACGUGUUUCGUUUAUAAAUGAAGUGAAAAUGAUUGGUAUUAAUGAUGGUAUUUUACAAUAUUGUUUAUUUUUAAUUUUUCUCAAUCCAAACAGCGGAGUCUUGUGCGAUGGAGCAAAAGAGCUAAAAAAAAAUACUAUCAAAUUUUGUGACGUGCCUACCCUAUUACCCCACACAAAUAUCACAUACCAAUGUACCAGAUACAUCAAGAAUCCAUCGAAAUCUUGUGCUUUUAAUGGAACAGUUUUCGAAUCGACGGCUAUUAAAAUCUCGUGCGAUGCUGGUUAUUCUACAGAUGCAACGGUAUCAUUUUGCAGUGGCAAUGAAUGGGUUCCUCCCAUAACAGGAUGCAGUAAAAAGUGUAAAAAGCUGAAUCCUGUAAACGUUCACUUGGAAUGCUUUCGUAAAAAUAUUUCCAUCCCUUGCGAUGAAAAAUAUCUAGUUUCUGGAGUGACAGUGCGUCCAACAUGCGACCAUCUUAGCUCAUCAGGAUUUCAGUUCUACCCUGGUCAUCAAGAAAUACACUGCAAAGAAGAUGGGAACUGGGAUAAUGAUUUGCUUUCCUGUGUUCAAGAUUGUGGUCGAUUAGAAAAUAACUCGAGUGAUUCAAAAACCUGGAGCAUGCCAUGGGAUGUCGUAAUUUACGCAAAAUGGAGAUAUGUACUCGUAAAUAUAUGCUUCGGCACUAUCAUAAGUCCCAGAGUAAUUCUAACCUCUGAAUAUUGCAUGCUCACCAAAGUUUAUGAUGAAAGUGAUUAUAAAAGUAUGAGCCAAAAUCCCUUGGAUCCCGCAAUUUUCAAUGUAGCAAUUAAGAAUGAUUUCGAUUAUCGAAAUAUUACAACAUGGCAGACCCGUAUGGAGUUUUUUACAUAUACAUUGUUUGGCCCUUCCAGUGAAGACAACGCGUUUAUACCAAUAAAGGUUAAAGAAUUUCGUUAUGUCAAUAAUGGAAAUCAAGACAAAUCCCUCUUUCAUGAUGCAUUAAUAGUAAUCGUGGAAAAAGAAAUCAGUUUCAACUCGCACCUUCACCCAGCAUGUGUUCAGUGGAAAACCCCCAAUAGACUAAAUAUUACUACUGGAAUAGCGAAGGUACAACAAUGGAAUGGAGACGGAGAAGAAUUCGUUUACAAAGAUUAUUCUUUCUUGAGUCAUGGCGCAUGCCAAGAAAACCCAGCAUAUCCGUUUUUUGUGUCCAAAUGGGCCACAUUUUCGUAUUAUUUUGAUACAGCAAACAGGGAUUUCAACGAUAUUAAACCUUUCAGGCUCGAUUCAACGAAAAACAAUCAAACUGCUCUCCACAACAAAGGAAAAUUGUUUUGUCUAGAGCAGAAACAAGACCAACGGAACCAAUUUCUGACUCUAAGCGGAAGCGGGGUUAUGAUUGAAAAAGAUCAUCGCUACUUUAUUCGAGGAAUUGCAGGAGAUCGAUUUCUAAGAGACCUAGUAAACAAUCAUCAUUUUAAAAACUUCAUGAAAGUAAUUCAUUACAUUGCGAACAAGUCGUAUGAAGAUUUUUCAAAAAAUAUUUCCUAUGCGAUUAUUAAUGGGUUAUUUGAUCGUCAUUUUGUUGAAAAGGCAAUCUACUUAUUUAAUUAUAACUAUCCGAGUCUUCUACGAAAUCAUCUUGAAUCUGCAGUUACAGCCAAGUUGCCGAAUUCCACGCAAAUGCCAAUAAUAAUUGGCGUUACAGAUAUAGCUGACUAUGUAGAUUGGAUCAAACAUGUUGUAGCUGAAGUUGACCCACAUUACACAUAUAAUCUUAGCACAUAGAGAUAGAAUGUUUUUGAAAACUUUUUACAUUUUUUCAUCAGGCAUCACUUCGUUAAUUUGUUUUUUACGUCAGUAGAGUCAAGUAGGUAGAGGUACCUACACAUACUCCUGUUGUAGGAAUGGCUCAGGCGAAUGAGAAAAUAGUAUUGUAAUACAAAAAAAUCUGUAGAUAUUUGCCUUGUAAUGCAUUAAAAUUCUGAAUUUCUGUU